CACGCAGAAGCUGGGCUUCCCCACCCCGGUGGCCUCGGGGCUGUCCAGGGUCUCGGCUGGCUGCACCCUGCUCUCCGCCCAUGGGUGGAGCCUCGCCCGCCCCGGAACGCCGGCUCGCCGGGUCCGCCGAGGAGGCCGCGGGUCUCAGCGCCCCCGCGGUGCCAGCCUGCUCCCGGUGCCAGCCUGCUCCGCCAUGCUCCGCGCCCUGCCCCGCGCGCUGCGCCUCCCGCGCCCCUGGAGGUCCCCGGCGGCCCGCGGCCGCGCCUCCCACGCCGCGAUCGGGACACCCGAGAUCCGAGUGCACCCGCUGACGGGUCCCGACCGAGGAAUCACUGAGAUUCUGAUGAACAGACCUCAUGCCCGAAAUGCUCUGGGGAACGUGUUCGUUAAUGAGAUGCUGGACGCUCUGGCCCAGCUUCGGGAGGACCAGCAGGUCCGAGUGCUGCUCUUCAGAAGUGCAGUGAAGGGUGUGUUUUGUGCAGGUGCAGACCUGAAGGAGCGGGAGCGGAUGAGUUCCGAGGAGGUGGAGAUCUUUGUCAGGCGCCUCCGAGGCCUGAUGAGUGAGAUUGCAGCCUUCCCUGCACCCACCAUUGCAGCCAUGGAUGGAUUUGCCCUGGGCGGGGGUCUGGAACUAGCCCUAGCCUGUGACCUCCGAGUAGCAGCUUCCUCAGCCGUCAUGGGGCUGAUUGAGACCACUCGAGGACUCCUCCCCGGGGCAGGAGGGACGCAGAGGCUGCCCCGCUGCCUGGGUGUGGCCCGGGCAAAGGAGCUCAUCUUCACAGGCCGGAGACUGGAUGGGGUACAGGCCCACGAGCUGGGCCUGGUGAAUCACGCUGUGGCUCAGAAUGAGGAGGGUGACGCCGCCUACCACCGGGCAAGGGCACUGGCUCAGGAGAUCCUGCCCCAGGCUCCCAUAGCGGUGCGCCUGGGCAAAGUUGCCAUUGACCGAGGAAUGGAGGUGGACAUUGCGUCAGGGAUGGCUAUCGAACACAUGUGCUAUGCCCAGAACAUCCCAACCCAGGACCGGCUAGAAGGGAUGGCAGCCUUCAGGGAGAAACGACCCCCAAAAUUUGUUGGCAAGUGAUCCAGUUAACUUUGAGCACACACCAGAAAGCCUAAGAUCCAGAGGAAAAGUCUGCAGCAGGCUAGACCUCUUGGCUCACCUCUGGCCUUGAGUUGUAUCACAAGGACAAUGCCAGGCAUUGUUCCUAGAGCCAAGGUGCUGACCAGUCCACUCACUGCCACCUCCCAUGUUGCUCACCUCGGCUAGUCACUGGGAUGGAGGCCUGCCUGGUUCUCUUCACUCAAUUAAGCUUUGGGUCCAUGUCACUGGCUCUGGUCACCAUGGAACAGCAAGAAGGUCGCCCUCGUUUCUUUCUCGCACAGAAUAAGCCUAUCCAGGUUUAUCUGAACAAGCUUCAGGAGCCAGGCCACAGAUUCCCGUUCUCUAUAGAUAGCUCAGGGGAACUCUGGACAAACCAUUUAACUUCUCUAAGCUUUCUGUAUCUGGAAGUCAGUUCUGAUGUGUAAAAUCCUUGUGUUCAAUAAACACUCUGCAACUGUUA